GCUCAGGCGCCAUCUUGAGGAGACCCCUGAACGCUGGUUGGUGGUGACUGACAACAUGAUGACGGGGUCACUCUCCUCCAAGUAAAAGUGCUUCACCGCAGCUCGGGGUCGCAGACGUGUCCGGGAAAGUGGGGGCGCGGAACGGCGAGAGUUCACGGCUCCGUGGAGUUUGUGUUGUUGUUGUUGUUGUUUUUGAAUAAUAAUUGAAAUGUGUGCUUUUAAAUAGAGGUUGCGCUGUAGCCUGAUGGCUGGCUAGCUGCUGCCUGGACUCCACCGCGGCCUGCUCGGGAGGAGGAAGGGUGGUGACGGCGCAAAAUGCUCUACCGCUGACUCCCCGGGCAAAGACACUUAUCCUUCCCCCUGGAGACUCACGGCGAGUCCAACAACGAGCACGAUGCACUUAUAGAUUUUUAAACCCUUCUUAACUGCACGAUUGUUGCUGCUGCUGCUGCUGCUGCUGCUGCUGCUGCUGCUGCGGUGGUAGAGACUGUGAACGACAGUGAGGCGAGGAACCCCGAAUUCCCAGCCGGAGACAUGUCAUCCAACUGCACCAGCGCAGCGGCGCCUGUCAGCGCGAGCAAAACCAAGACGAAAAAGAAGCAUUUUAUAGGACAGAAAGUGAAGUUAUUUCGCGCCAGCGAGCCCAUUCUCAGCGUUUUAAUGUGGGGUGUCAACCACACGAUUAACGAGUUAAGUAAUGUGCCUGUACCAGUAAUGCUGAUGCCAGAUGACUUUAAAGCCUACAGUAAGAUCAAAGUGGACAACCACCUAUUUAACAAAGAAAACCUGCCUAGUCGCUUUAAGUUCAAAGAGUACUGUCCCAUGGUGUUCAGAAACCUGAGGGAGAGGUUCUGCAUCGAUGACCAGGACUACCAGAACUCUCUGACGAGGAGCGCCCCGCUCAACAGCGACUCCCAGGGUCGCUUUGGCAACCGCUUCCUGUCCAGCUAUGACCAUCGCUUCGUAAUUAAAACUGUGUCCAGUGAGGACAUCGCUGAGAUGCACAACAUUUUAAAGAAAUAUCACCAGUUUAUCGUGGAGUGUCAUGGCAACACGCUGCUCCCUCAGUUCCUGGGCAUGUACAGGCUAACAGUGGACGGGAUGGAGACGUACAUGGUGGUGACCCGCAAUGUGUUCAGCCAUCGUCUCACUGUACACCGCAAAUAUGACCUGAAGGGUUCUACAGUCUCGAGAGAAGCCAGCGACAAGGAGAAGGCUAAAGAACUCCCCACUUUUAAAGACAACGACUUCCUGAAUGAAGGCCAGAAGCUGCAGAUAGGCGAUGACAACAAGAAGUACUUUCUGGAGAAGCUAAAACGGGACGUGGAGUUCCUGGCCACUCUGAAGAUCAUGGACUACAGUCUGCUGGUGGGCAUCCAUGAUGUGGAGCGGGCGGAGCAGGAGGAGAUGGACGUGGAGGGAGCAGGAGAGGAGGAGGAGUAUGAGAACGAUGGCAUGGGUGGAGGCGUGCUCACCGGCUCCUUCGGCACGCCCCCUGACAGCCCUGGAAACCCCCUCAACUGUGGGGGGUUCUUUGGCCCCGGGGAGUUCGACCCCUCUGUGGACGUUUACGCAAUCAAGAGCCACGACACUGCUGUGAAGAAGGAGGUUUACUUCAUGGCCAUCAUCGACAUCCUCACGCACUAUGACGCCAAGAAAAAAGCUGCACACGCUGCCAAAACUGUGAAACACGGGGCGGGGGCCGAGAUCUCGACGGUGAACCCGGAGCAGUACUCCAAACGAUUCUACGAGUUCAUGUCCAACAUCUUAUCAUAGACUCAUGUCCUCAUCCAGACACUCACUUCCUGUCAUAGAUCUGUCAAAAAAACAAAAAACAAACAAAAACAUGCACUUAUGUCUCGUCUGUCACCUCGGUGUUGAUCCGUCUCCACUGGAUCUUUUCCCACUUUAAAGAAAGAACCUUCCAGUCUUCUCACACAUGGAGCAAAGCACCAGGCCUUUUACUCCACCACCUCCUUCUCUGCGUCUUCAUCCACUGCAAAUAAAACUCAUGAAACUAGCCGCUAAAAUUUGGAAUGACCUGAUAAUCUCUCGUUUUUUUAAUCCCACUUCUCCUCCUCCUCCUGACGCCAGCACGGAAACUGUCUCACUAAUGCCUUGAGUGUGUCAGCUUCAGCAGUUUUUAAGUCUGUUAGUACAGUCUCUUUGGUUCCUGUUCAUGUUGUUGUUGUUCUUAUUGUUUCUACGACACACAAACACAAACAGAAAUGGUCAGAGUGCAUGACAAACUCCUGGACAGUCGCCAUCAGGCUUUUUUUCUUCUCUGUCACAAAAAAGAACAAUUAAAAAUCACCGCCGUGAAUCUGGGAGGACGUUCUUAUCCAACGGUGUGUCAAGUAAACGAAUGCAAAAUCAAAAAUGCAUGGCUGACGUGUACAUGAGACCCCACCCACCUGUAAGUUGAAACGUCAAACCACUGAAAACUAGCAUCUGAGUGUUAUAAAUAAAAUAACAAAGAAAAACAACUCAAAAAAAAUGUGGUGUUUGAAUGUUACGUUGCCAUAUUGUUUUUUGAAGUUAUCAUUUUUUUUAUUUUAACGUGAGUUCGGUGGAGGUCAGUCUCAGAAAAACAAAAAUCACACGAAAAGGAGAAUUCUGCAGCGUAAUACUUGUUUUACUACCAUAAGGAUCAUUUUUAUAUCUUGUUUACAUUAAUGUAGCAAUUUGUGUUUGUAUACAGUAUUGUUUUGUUACCAACAAACAUUAGAAAAAAAAAGGUUACUUGAAAAUGAUUCAUUGCAUAUUAAAGGGAGUUUUAUCUUG